AUGACGGCGCAGGCGCACGCGAGGCCUCCGAACACGGAGUCUCCCGGAAGGCGCUGCGCAGGCGCCGCACGUGGCCCUCGAGAGAUGGGGGCGCCCGGCGGGGAGGCGGCGGCGGCGGGGCCCGCCCGCUUCCAGUGCCCGGAGGAGUUCUGCGCGCGGCACUUCGCCCCCGGGGCCGCCCUCUGCGCGGAGAGCCUGGCGGCGCCCGGCACGCGGCUGCUGCUCAUCAGGGGGCCCGCCGACUUCCGCCCGGAGAGCCUCGACGGCCGCAGCCUGACGCUGCUGGGCUCCCGCCUUCUGAGGGCUCCGCAGCCCGACGGCAGCCAGAGGGUCUACAGCCUCCACGGGAGCCGGGAGGAGAGCGGCGCCCGCCUGCUGGUUGCCGCCGGCCGGCCGGAUGGCCUCGCCUGCGCCCAGCCGUUCAGCGGCUGCCUGAGGAUCCAGGAGCGCUACGGAGAGCCCGGAGCCGCCCGGCCCCUCUUCCCGGUGGCGGAGAGGCCGGCGCCCCGGGUGCCGGGAGGGCUCAAGCAGCGCUUCCUCCCCUUUGGGGCCCGGCUCAGGGACGCUCGCCCUCCCUCGGAAGCGGCAGGGGGAGCCGCCCGGAAGAGGGGCAAGAAACGGCCGCUGCUGCCUGUGGCGCAGGGACUCUGGCGGCCGGAAGGGCCCGAGCCGCUUCUGGGGGGCUCCACGGAGCCUGCCGAGGGGCUGCUGCGAGAGCCGGCGAGCGCUGGGAACAAGCGGCGCCUCCUGAAGGCGGAGGAGGCGGAGGCAACGGAGCCGGCCACGCUCCCGGCGUUUGGCGGGCGGCCGACGGGCCCCUUGGAGGAGGGUGCCUGGCCAGGACGGGAGGAAGAGCCGGAGAGGAGGAGAGGCAGGAAGAAAGAGAAGAAGCGGAAGAGCAACCGGGAGACUGAGGGGUCGCCGGACCCCAAUUCAAGGUCCUGGCGGCCUGAACGGGACCCCUGCUUGCCCAGAGGGAGCCGAGAGCCGGAGGGAGGCCUGGGCGAUUGCGGAGGAGGAGAGCCAGCGCUGGGCGGAUGCAAAGCCAAGAAGAGAAGGAAGAGCACGCAAGGGGCGGGGGCGGAGGGGCUGUGGGGCAUCCCUGCCAUCAAGGAGGAGCCGGUGGACGUCUCCUGUCUGGGAAGCCCCCUGGAAGAGGGUCUGGGGGCCGUCGGAGAGGACCCUGCUGGGGAACUCCAUAGCUGCAAAAAGAAGAAAAAGAGAAGCCGGGAGAAGGGGGCAGAGGGGCUGUGGGGCGUACUUGCCAUCAAGGAGGAGCCGGGGGACGUCCCCUGCCUAGGGAGCCUUCUGGGAGAGGGUCUGGGGUCACCCAGAGAGGAACCAGGUAGAGAAUUCCCUGGCUACAUCAAGCAGAGCCCAGGAAAGGGGGCAGAGGGGCUGUGGGGCAUUACGGCUCUUAAAGAGGAGUUGGGGGACGUCCCCUCUCUGGGGAGCCUUGCAGAAGAGAGUCUGGGGGCCAUCACAGAGGACCCGGCUGAGGAACUCUUCAGCUGCAAGAAGAAGAAGAAGAAAAAGAAGAGCCGAGAGAGGGUGGCGGAGGAGCUGUGGGCCGUUUCAGCCCUCAAGGAGGAGCCGGAGGACAUCGGCUGUCUGGGAAGCCUUCCAGAAGGGGGUCUGGGGUCAGCCAGAGGGGGCCCUGCUGGGGAACUCCUGGCCUGCAAAAAGAAAAAGAAGGGGAAAAUGGACAAGGAGCCUCUGCAGGAACAGGGGACAGAAACACAGCAGCUCUUGGAGUCCACCGUGCAGGACUGGGCCGUCCCUCUGGGCAAUGUCCACAUAGCAAAAUAA